AUGGCAGAGUUCACCACAGAUGAGUUGAUUGAUUGUAUUCGCCAUAAUGUUGCUCUAUUGAAUGAUAGUGGAUUUGAUAAUAGAGUGCUACUUUCUCCAAGGAGGCACGCUGUACCAGGUGGUCUUCCUUUGGAAAUGUGUAAAGGAGAAGAUGAGGCAGGCCCUUCAUCUCUACAUUACGAACUUCAAAAACAAUUUAAACAGCAAAAAUAUUCUACAAAAGACGAUUCUCAGCAAAUGUAUCAACAAAUUCGUAAAAAUUUAUUGGCACAACUGAAUGGAAUUGAACGCAGUGGACGAUCAUUUAAUAAAACUUCACUUCCUUUCCAUCAAAGGCCUACAGAAUGUACAUUAAAAUUUGAGCCAAAAAAUCCUGAAGAACUUUUUGACGGGCAAAAACCUCUUUCACUUACUAGCAGACUUAUUUCUCAAGCAAAAUUCUCUGAAGGAUCUGUUGAUAAUUCGACUUGUUCUCUCUCAUUCGCUGAAUAUGCAAAGUUUGAGGCUAUGGAAUGCACUUUCAGCUCUAAAAAAUUCAACAUUCUUUUUCCGGCUGUAUAUUUUGGGGAGAAAGGUCAUGUAUUGACUAUUUACAUUUUGAACACUGCUUUUAUCGAUGAUUUGAUUGGGCUUGCUUGCCAUGUUUAUUCCCGGAAGUCGCUCAAUCCUCCUUGUGAAUCCCCUUCCCUUUAUGACCUCUAUUUAGCGGAAGAAGAUUUGUCAGAUUUCGAUGCGGAUUUACCACCACAAGAUAGAAGACGUCGUGUCGCUGAUUGUGGCUUUCCUAAUCUUGCAAUUGUUAAACGUUCACUUGUUAGAAGACGUUCUUCACAACAAAGCCGAAAACAAACUGUUCGUAUUUAUUUAGUAGACGGGCGUUGUUAUACUAUGGACGAAGUUGAAGGCAUCUCUCUACGUCAAGUUUUUGAAUAUGCCUUGAGCAGAAAAAACGAAGACGAGCAGUCAAAUUCAACUGAAGUCAAUCAUCAUCUACAUGAAUUUUUUCGUGAUGUUGAAUAUCAACUCGAGCCAUUAGAUUAUCCUGGUGUUGCUCUCGAAUUAGAUCAAUCAGUUUCUUCUGCUGGCACUUUUGACUUUUUGCUCAUUCGAAAGAAUAGUUCUCGUGGAGAUUUUGACAUUUCUUCGGCAACUCGAAAGCCUUCGGAUUUAUUACCUCUAUUGCACAAACAAAGCAAGUCAAUGGAUUUUUCAAGGAUAUUUGGUGUGGAUGAUUUACAAAAUACCGUGAAAGAAGAUUCAAAAAUAUUUUCAACUUCAAUCAAUGAAUUGGUCCUUCAAAAUCCAUUACAAACUUUUCCGUUAGAAACGUCUUUUUCUACUGGCCAAAAUUCGUCAACAGAUGAUUUAAUUACCAAUCAAUUGACAGCUAUACUUCAUGGAGGUUCUAUAUUAAAUGAAUAUUCUGUCAACAAAAUUAAUCGGUUUAAACCAAAAACGAUUUUAAAAUUAGUUAUUCGUGAAAACUGUUUGGAAUUGAUUCAGAAAGGAAAGGUUCGAAAAGCUGACACUGAUAGUAAAAUUAAGAGGAUACCUUGGAAACUUGUUGCUUUUGUUGAAGUGUCACCAAACUCGGAGAAACGGGUUAAUGCUCUUCGAUUAGUUCGAAUUACUUUUCUUAGCUGUAUUUCAUCUACACUUAUGCAACAUAUUCUUGAAUCUGAAAAAACGGAAAAACUAACUCAGGGAAAUUUAAUUUAUGAAGGUUCUUGUUGGAAAAUUUUAAUUAUUGAAGCUGCUGCACAUGAAGCGUGGCAAAUUGGUUUGAAGUUAAACGAACAAUUAAAUUUGUGGCCUUCCCAAGUUCAUUUACUUUAUAACUACUCUUUAGCAAGUAAUUUAAAACCAAAAAUUGCAGCAGAAAAAGCAUUUGGUGUGGAAAAACAACUUCCUUUCUCCGCUUCGUCAUUUACAAUUUCAGCUAAAAGUGAUAAAGGAUUAAAGAAGAAAUUGUCUUCAAUACUUUCUAGGAAAAGAUUAUAGGAGUUUUUUGUAGUGAAUAUUUACAACGCGUAAACAGCUUAAUUUUUUAUAGAAGGGAAAAAUAGAAUAGUAAAUUAUAUAUUUUUUGUUUUACGAAUGAAUUUUUAUUAGAGGUUGAUUUUUCAAAUUCCCGAGUCCUGUUCUAGUUGUACUAUUUGUUGUAACCAGGCUGGACUUUAAGGCUAAAACCUUGAAAUAUCUGAUUUUUGCACCAGGGCCCUGACCAGGCUUUUUUUUUCUUAAAUUGUCAAA